AUCAAAGGUAGAUCAAAUUAUUUGUUUACAUUUUGCAACUGAAUAGAAAAAUAAAUGGAUGAAGAAAAUAUGGAAAUAAAUACGACAAUCGACUACAAUUUUCAUCGCUAUCCAUACUGUUUAGUAUGGACACCUAUUCCUCUAAUAACGUGGUUUUUGCCAUUUGUCGGUCAUAUGGGUAUUGCCACUUCUAAAGGAAUAAUUCGAGAUUUUGCUGGUCCUUAUGUUGUUUCCAAUGACGACAUGGGAUUUGGUUGGCCAACUCGAUAUCUUGUUUUAAAUGUAGACAAGGUUGAUGGAGGAAGUAAUGCUUGGGACGAUGCUGUUGAAAAGGCUUCGAAUGAAUACUCAAAGCGAAUGCAUAAUCUUUUUUGGGAUAAUUGCCACAGUCAUUGUGGAAUGGCUUUAAGUCAAAUGAGGUAUUCUGGAAGUACAUCGUGGAAUAUGGUGAAACUUGCAGCAUGGAUGUUUCUGUUUGGAAAAUAUGUUGGUUUCACAGGCUUUUUGAAAACCUGGAUUCCUUUUGUAAUAAUCGCUGCUUCUAUUUAUUUCCUCAUAAGUUUUACAAGUUAAAUUAACAGAAAAAAAAAUUAAUUUAGGUAAUUAUUUUUUUGAUAAUAAGGUUGUCUACAUCGUUAAUUAACUUUCGAAUUUUGUGUCAGAAAAGGACCACUCUUAUUUAAAUAAAAUCAUUUCUUAACUUGGCGACUUAUAACGAUUGCAAACAAACAAAUUAAGGUUCUUCAGACAGUCGGACACAAAUUGAUCAUAACAAUCACUUUAGAAGGUAUCAUAAUUAGCUUUUUUCUUUAAUAUUCUUCAACUUGUAAGUUUGUUUACAUUUUAUUCUCAAUAAAGUAUUGAUUAAAAUUUGAGAAUGGAAUCUUGUCGAAUAUGUCUUGUUCCUUCUUCAAUAAAUAACACAUCACUUCAUGUUAAUUAUGGCUUGAGUACAAUCGCUGAUAUGAUAACAUUUUGCUCAGGAGUAUCGGUUUCACCAAAUGACGGUUUGCCUCAAGUUAUAUGUCCUAACUGCUUACCUCAGGUUGCAACUGCGUGUAACAUUAAACAGACUUGCAUAAAUACAGACAAAGCUUUACGACAAAUUAAGAACGAAGAAGUGAAGAACUUUCCUGUUAUUUCUUUUUCCAAUGAAUCAGUUAAAGUUGAAACUGAACUUAAUAUACUUCAUGUUGAAACAUUGUGUACAAGUGUCAAAAACGAACCAGCUGAUGAUUUUGAAGAUUUUAAUGCAUUAGAUUUUAAUUAUCUUAAACAAAAUGAUCCUAUGAGAUCAGUUAGAGAAUUUUCACCAGGUGAAUAUCGAUGUACGUCGGAAAGAAAAAAUAAAUAUAAAAUGUCAUCAUCAUUAUCAAGAACAAAAAAGGAACCGUCGCCAGUGUCAUUUAAAUGUUAUUUAUGCAAUGAUCAAUUUGGUUUACGAAAGUUAAAGUACGAACAUUUAGAAACCAUGCACAGUAAUGACGAAUUUAAGUGUCGCAUUUGUAAACACAAAAGUCAAACAGCAAGGGGAAUGGACAACCAUUUGAUGUUGCAUGAAAAUCCCGAGUUGCUUUCGCAUAUGUGUCAUAUUUGUUCUAAGAAUUAUCAAAAGGCAUGUGAAUUAAGACGACAUAUUAAACUAAGUCAUUCAGAUAAGUCAAAAAGAAUAUCAAAUUUCUUUUGUGACUUUUGUGAUUUUAAGACAUUUUCAAAAAUGAAUGUAAAACGACAUCUUAAAACUAUUCAUCUGAAAAUCAAAGCAUUCCAGUGUCAGUUUUGCCCUGAUAAAAAGUACACGUCGAAAGUUACAUUAGAUCAACAUAUGAUAACAAAACAUGGCCAAGAAACUGAUUACAUUUGCCGAUGUUGUGGCCGAAAGUUUCCAACAAUGUCCUUCUUACGAUCUCAUAUGAAAUCAACAUGUUCUGGUUCACCAGGCGCUGUUAGAGAAAGAGGGGAUCCUAAUGAGUAUAGGGAACAAUUGGGUGACACUGAUAACUAUCGUUGUAAAAUUUGUGGCGUUAUUGUGGAGGGAAAAGGAAAAAUAGCACAGCACUAUGCCCAACGUCAUAAACACAAUAAUGCUUGCGAGUUAUGCAGUGCUACAUUUAAUAGCUACUCUAAUUUAAAGAAACAUAUUCAAAUUUUACAUAACAAAAUUCAUAAAUUUGAAUGUAGCUUUUGUGGUAAGAGAUUUGGUCAGAAAAAUCAGUUACAAAGUCAUGAAAACACUCAUACAGGAGCGAAGCCAUUCGGCUGCAAGUAUGAAUUCUGCCAAUUUCGAAGCGGAGAUUUGAGUGCAGUGUCCAAACAUCAGAAGAAAUGUUCACAGAAUCCUAACAACAUGAUUUAAAUUGUGAAUAUAAUUUUUUUUAAUUCUACUUUCAAAACGGAAGUAAGCUUAUCAUUACACAAGACUGUACAGAAAAUAAAAUAAAUUAAUUAGAAAGUUUAGUCACCUAAAAUUUAAUAGUUAUAAUUAUUGAAUGUCAAUAUUACCUGAAGCUUUAGAAAAUAAAUAAAAAUUUAGAUAAUGACUUCA